GACACUUGUUGGCCAAUGAGAGGGCUCGCUCAAGUGCGAAAGAGCUGUUAACAGCCGCGUCGCGUAGCUGUUUCCCAGAUGAAAGACCGUCUCUGCCAGCGUCUACUUAAUUUUAUUGACUGGCCCAGAACAAACCGCACAUGAUGGAUAUCGACAACGGUUGUCAUUCUCCAUUGCGACUUGGCAAUAUCUCCGACGAGCUUUCAUCUGAAGCUCGUGGGGGUUCUUUAAUAUCGUCCACCGUUCGCUUAGCUGAGGACCCCCCGUUCUCCGCGAGAACAAUCAGGUGGAAGCGACACCAACUGAGCAAUGUUUGGGCUCGAUACUUGGACAGGGUCCAUGUGCUCGGGAACCAUGAUCACGGCCACACUGGAUGUGUAAAUGCCCUGAGCUGGGCACAAGGUGGGGAGCUGUUAAUCAGCAGUGGGGACGAUCAAGAUAUACGAGUGUGGAGAAUGGAUCCUUCCGCAGACGCCAGCGAAUAUCCAUUUUCUUGCCAGUCGGUAAUACACACCGGUCAUACUCAUAACGUAUUCAACGCACAGAUGCUACCUCAUUCCUGCCGAAUAGCAACCGUCUCAGGGGACAAAGAAGUCCGGGUUUUUGACGUUGGAGGGGCUGUCGGUCAUUCGCCUACAGGCAGUGAGAUGACGUAUGCGACCCACGAAGCUUGCAUCCGCAUCCUCCGUUGUCACACCGGUCGGACGAAGCGCAUCGUUACCGAAGACAGCCCUGACCUCUUCCUCACGGUUGCUGAGGAUGGCACCGUCCGCCAACAUGACCUGCGGACGUUUCAUGUGUGCGGAGGCCGCGGCUGUCCUGCACCUCUUGUGAAACUCUCGCACGACCUUUCAACUAUCGCCUUGUCUCCCUUAACGCCAUACCAGUUUGUGGUUGGUGGUGAGUCGCCCUUCGCACACCUAUACGACCGACGCCAUAUUGGUCGUUACUUAUACGAAGAGUGGGGAAUGUCUCCUGCUGCUAACGAUGCAACUACGUGCGUCAGGAAAUUUUCGCGACAUUCACGUGCUCCAGGAGAACCGAAAGGAGGUGAACAUAUCACUGGCGCAAGAAUGUCGGCUUGGAAUGGACACGAGUUACUACUGUCUUUCAAUUCUGAUGCAGUGUAUCUCUACUCCACUAAGGAUGAGCCAGGAAACGGUGAACGUCUCAAGAAGCCGUCUGUAUUGGCUCCAAAUAUGAAGCUUAGGAACCGAACCGGUGAUCUUGACACAGGAAAAGAGAGUACCACCAUCGAUAUCGGUGAUGACCACGACUCCAGCUCCGACUCCGAAGAUGAGCAUGAAGACUUAACUAUUGAUGCAGAAGAACAGGACGGUGUGCCAGCAAUUUACCCUCGUGCGCGAUUCGCAGGGCACUGUAAUGUUAGGACCAUAAAAGAUGUGAACUUCUUAGGUCCGUAUGACGAAUAUGUCACCUCAGGGUCAGAUGAUGGAAAUUUCUUCCUCUGGGAUAAAUCUUCUGGUGAACUGGUUGAUAUUCUUGAGGGUGACGGGUCUGUCGUCAACGUUAUCGAGGGACACCCAAGUUUACCUCUCGUGGCCGUUAGUGGUAUCGACGCCACUGUGAAGCUAUUUGCACCGUCUCGCGGUCGCGCAGAGUUCUCGAGGGUGAAGCAAGCCAUAAACAUUGUAAAGAACAACGCCCGCACCUCGCGGAGGGGAUUGCAAGCCAAUGCUAGGAUGCAAAUCGCCCACCUUUUCCUUCAUUACAGUGCACUGGCGUCGCGCAGGAGUCAUGACGAAGAUGGCGAGGAUGCAAUGCAAUGCAUCAACCAGUAAAUACGACAUUUACAUGUGACACCCGACUAUAUGUACACGGUUCCGGUCGAUGUUGAAGCAAUAUUGCUGACGAGAAACUUGGGU